AUGCUGGGGUCCGUUGGUGGGAUCAGCCACAGCUUCUUUCUUCACCCCCUUGCAGGUGCCCUCGGCUCGAGGGAGGAGCCCGAGUUUGUGACCGCUCGCGCUGGCGAGAGCGUGAUCCUGGGAUGCGACGUGAUCCACCCGCUCACGGGGCAGCCCCCUCCCUAUGUCGUGGAGUGGUUCAAGUUCGGCGUCCCCAUCCCCAUCUUCAUCAAGUUUGGGUUUUACCCUCCCCAUGUCGACCCCGAGUAUGCCGGCCCGGCCCGCCUGCACGACAAAGCCUCCCUGCGCAUUGAGCAGGUCCGCUCCGAGGACCAGGGCUGGUACGAGUGCAAAGUGCUCAUGCUGGACCAGCAGUACGACACCUUCCACAACGGCAGCUGGGUCCACCUCACGGUCAACGGACCUCCCUUCAUUGUUUCCCCUCCGGAGAACAUCACGGUCAACAUCUCCCAGGAUGCGCUCUUCACCUGCCAGGCCGAGGCGUACCCCGGGAACCUCACCUACCUGUGGUACUGGGAAGAGGAGAACGUCUACUUCAAGAACGACCUGAAGCUGAGGGUGCGCAUCCUGAUCGAUGGGACGCUGAUCAUUUUCCGCGUCAAGCCAGAGGAUGCUGGAAAAUACACCUGUAUCCCCAGCAACAGCCUGGGCCGCUCGCCAUCAGCCUCUGCCUACCUGACGGUGCAGUAUCCUGCCCGCGUGGUGAACAUGCCCCCCGUCAUCUAUGUUCCCAUCGGGAUACACGGAUACAUCCGCUGCCCGGUCGAGGCAGAGCCCCCGGUCACUCUGGUCAAGUGGAACAAAGACGGACGUCCCCUGCGAAUCGAGAAGUAUUCUGGCUGGAACCUGCUGGAAGACGGGUCGAUCCGGAUAGAGGAGGCAACCGAAGAUGCUCUCGGCACUUACACCUGUGUGCCUUAUAACGCCCUGGGUACGAUGGGCCAGUCUCCCCCUGCCCGACUGGUACUGAAGGACCCCCCCUAUUUCACGGUGCUACCAGGCUGGGAGUACAGACAGGAGGCAGGGAGGGAGCUGUUGAUUCCUUGCGCUGCUGCCGGAGACCCCUUUCCCAUCAUCGCCUGGAGAAAGGUAGGGAAGCCCAGCAGGAGCAAGCACAACACACUGCCCGGCGGCACCCUGCAGAUCCGCUCCCUCGGCAAGGACGACCACGGCGAGUGGGAGUGCGUCGCCACCAACGUCGUCGCAAGCAUUACUGCCAGCACCCACCUUACCGUCGUAGGCACAAGCCCUCACGCCCCGACCAGCGUGCACGUUGUGGUCGCCAUGACCUCAGCCAACGUCUCCUGGGAGCCCGGCUACGACGGUGGAUACGAGCAGACUUUCUCAGUUUGGUACGGCCCUCUGAUGAAGAGAGCCCAGUUUGGCCCCCACGACUGGCUCUCUCUCCCUGUGCCAGCUGGUUCCAGUUGGCUACUGGUGGAUACCUUGGAACCGGAGACUGCGUACCAGUUCAGUGUCUUGGCUCAAAACAAGUUGGGUACCAGCUCCUUCAGUGAGGUGGUCACUGUGAACACUCUAGCAUUCCCUGUAACAACUCCAGAGCCUCUGGUGUUGGUUACCCCACCGAGGUGCCUAACAGCCAACCGGACACAGCAAGGCGUCCUCUUGUCGUGGCUUCCUCCCGCUAACCACAGCUUCCCCAUUGACCGCUACAUCAUGGAGUUCCGCGUCGCGGAGAGGUGGGAGAUCUUGGAUGAUGGUAUCCUGGGGACGGAGAACGAGUUUUUUGCCAAGGACUUGUCCCAGGACACCUGGUACGAGUUCCGGGUCCUGGCGGUCAUGCAGGAUCUCAUCAGCGAACCCAGCAACGUUGCUGGCGUGUCCAGUACAGACGUAUUCCCUCAGCCUGACCUGACGGACGAGGGUCUAGCCCGCCCAGUGCUGGCUGGCAUCGUUGCCACCAUCUGCUUCCUGGCUGCUGCCAUCCUCUUCAGCACACUCGCCGCCUGCUUCGUCAACAAGCAACGCAAACGCAAGCUCAAGCGCAAGAAAGACCCUCCUCUCUCGAUAACCCACUGCAGGAAGAGUUUGGAGUCCCCGUUGUCUUCCGGCAAGGUGAGUCCUGAGAGCAUCCGCACACUCCGUCCCCCCUCGGAGUCUUCCGAUGACCAGGGCCCGCAGGCCAAGCGGAUGCUGAGCCCUACCAAGGAGAAGGAGCUCUCUCUUUACAAGAAGACCAAGCGAGCCAUCAGCAGCAAGAAGUACAGCGUCUCCAAGGCGGAGGCUGAAGCCGAGGCCACCACCCCCAUCGAGCUCAUCAGCCGUGGGCCAGAAGCACCCCCCUCCUCCCUCCAGGUGGUCCCCGCAUCCUACCCGGGCAUCCUGCCCCUGGAGGCACCAAAGAGCUGGACCGGCAAGUCACCCGGCAGGGGCCAACCCUCUGUGCCCACCACCACCAAGUGGCAGGACAAACCUAUGCAACCCAUGGGAUGUCAAGGGCAGCUAAGACAUACCAGCCAAGGUAUGGGCAUACCCGUGUUGCCUUACCACGAACCGUCCGAGCCCGUCGGCCCCAGCGGCACAAGCACAUUCAGCCUGGACACCAGGUGGUACGAGCCCCAACCCCGACCUCGGCCCAGCCCUCGGCAGGUCAGGAGGGCCGAGCCCAGUUUACAUCAGGUGGUGCUACAACCUUCGAGGCUUUCUCCUCUGACCCAAAGCCCCCUCAGCUCCCGCAACAGCUCCCCGGAGCUGACUGCCCGCGCCCGGCCCCGGCCGGGCAUCAUCCAGCAGGCGGAGGUGUCGGAGAUCACCCUGCAGCCCCCCGCGGCGGUCAGCUUCUCCCGCAAGUCCACGCCGUCGACGGGAUCCCCCGCGCCGAGCAGCCGGGGAGGCAGCCCCAGCUACCGACCUACCGCCACCUUCGCCUCCCUGGCCACCGGCUACACCCGCCCCCCCGCACGCCGCUGCUCCCCUGCCUUCGGGGAGGCGGCGGGGCUGGAGAGCCUGGUGGCGGCAGCCGUGUCUUCAAAACGUCCAUCUCCGUCCGGGGACGCUGCUGCACCUGAGAGGCUCGAAGCUCUGAAAUACCAGCGGAUAAAGAAGCCCAAAAAGUCAUCCAAAGGGCUCCUCAAAUCCAGAAAACAAUCCAACGGCUCUGCCUCCCAGGUUCAGCACCUUCCCAGCUCUCAGGUACUGUGGCCUGACGAAGCUGUCUGCCUCCGCAAGAAGAAGAGACACCCUCGUCAGGACCCCUUCGCCCGCCUCUCGGCGUUGAAGGACGACCUCUGCCACCGGUGUUUUGAGCCGCUGGGCCCCCUGCUUUUCAUGGUCUUCGACCUUUAG